AUGCAUUAUCUUGGGAAUAAAAUUGACUGGAAACCUCCAGCAGAUGUGAUAGAAGAGUGUCUGAUGAAGGGCAAGCUGAAGAAUCGCCUUGUCGGUUUGCCAGAGGCGAUUGGCCAAAAUUAUAUCCGAAGUAUUGGCGCCGCCAGUCAUCGUGUUAACAGCGCGUUGAUUUGUGGAACGCACGCGUUCUCACCGAAGUGCAGAGAAUACGUGUAUUCGAGCACUGAUGGCACGUUGAAAAACGUUCGGCAAUUUGACGGAAUGGGCAUAUCGCCGUAUGAUCCACGUGAUAACUCGACCGUGGUGUAUCUACCAGAGACGAAUGAGAUCUACACGGGAACCGUAUCAGAUUUUGUAGGCAAUGACCCCUUAAUAUAUCGUAAACGAAUCGGUGAAAAUGAUCGCGAUAACGGUAUUCGGACACAGCGUGACGACGCCAGAGUGCUAGACUCUCCAAACUUCGUCGGCUCGUUUGUCUACAAGGAACAUGUCUAUUACUGGUAUAGGGAACGAGCCGCAGAGGCCAUGGAUAAUAAUGAAGAGCGACAAAUCUACGCUCGUGUGGCACGGGUUUGCCGUAACGACAAAGGUGGCGCUAGACCAGCUAAUGAGCGAUGGACGUCGUUCGUGAAAGCACGGCUGAACUGCUCCUUGCCGUCAGCAACACCCUUCUACUUUAAUGAACUCAAAGCGGUUUCCGACCCGAUAACGACGUCCGCAAAUGAUCAUCGCGUCUACGCUGUGUUCUCCACUCCAGAUUCUGACGUUCGAAUGAGCGCCGUGUGCUCCUUUUCAAUGAAGCGCAUCAGAGAGGAGUUCGACUACGGGACAUUCAAGCAGCAGGUAGGCUCUAAUGCCGCUAGAAGUAAGAUUAGCUUACUUUGUAAAGGCUGCCCUCACGUAUUCUGA